ACAAGAAAUGCCAUGUGAGAUGAAAGCGAGCUCAAGGUACUGAAUGAGGCUCGCCGCUCGUGUGCACUUUAAUUAAUGCUCGAAAUUGUACAAAUAUAACCCGUUCAUAAUUCGCCAUACACGUCUUUACUGUAGUCUCUUCUUCUUUUUGAAUUUCUUAGCUAAUUGCGUUGUCAGAGGAGGUGUUCUUGGUAAAGACCACCAGGUGCUGACAGUAAAUUUUGAGCAGCAAGUUGGAAAUAUAGUCAAUUGGUUUUAUCCAUAAUCAUAUUAAAACCGAAUUAUAUUUGAGUUUUUUUCCUGUGAUGGCUUUGUGUUCGCCGCAGUAUUUUAUGCCUCCAGAAACUUGCAGACCCAUGGGGGUACUGAAUGUUCUUGGACGAAGAGUUGGCCCCGUAAAAAUUGUUAAAGAAAAGAGUGGGCUUUUAGGUAUUAGUCAAAAGAGUGGUUCAAAUGUUCCUCGGUGCAAAUGUUCGACCAACUCUCACAGUGUUAAUCAAUUUCAAGGUAAGGACCCAUUUCUGAAUCUUCACCCAGAGAUUUCUAUGCUAAGAGGCGAGACAUAUGCCACAAUGACCAACCCAAGACUGGACAGCUUGAGCGGAAGUGUUACUGAAAGUUCAAGUGAUUUGUCAAGUUUGAACAAUUACAAUGAGGCCAAGAUCAUGGUUAUUGGCGUUGGAGGUGGUGGGUCAAAUGCAGUUAAUCGUAUGAUUGAGAGUGCAAUGAAGGGUGUGGAAUUCUGGAUUGUUAACACUGAUAUUCAGUCCAUGAGUAUGUCCCCUGUGUUCUCUGAGAAUCGGUUGCAAAUUGGUCAAGAGUUAACCAGAGGACUUGGUGCUGGUGGGAACCCAGACAUUGGGAUGAAUGCUGCUAAAGAAAGCAAAGAAGCUAUAGAAGAGGCGGUUUAUGGAUCUGACAUGGUGUUUGUUACUGUAAGUUUAGUCUUCUUUGAACCAAAUGAUUUUCUGCACAAAAUGGUUUUGCUGUUCGAUUCUAGUUUUUUGCCUUCAAACUUUUCUUGUUUAUUUGAGUUUCUAGUUGUCAAACUAGCACAUAUCCUAUAUGCUAAUCAUAUGCUUUUAGAUUCUUUUGAUUAUCAAGAUUAA